AUGAUCCGCGUGUAUUCCGGCGUUUAUUACUGUCCUGUCGAGAACAAUGUCUCCUUUACAGGUAUGAACCCGGUGACGCUGUUAAAAACGCGCUCUGCGCUCGGGCUCCAACGGAAACUCGUAAGACAAUUAUCAAUUCGCUGCAAACAAGAAAUAAUGCUUGACUCGGAAAGAUUCAAUCCUUCUUUGGUGAAGGAUGAAAGAGAAGAGAACGGCAGCAGCGAAGAAGUUGACUCACUUUUUUUGGAAGAUUUAUGGAUUUUUCAGCAAAAGAUUCACAUUUCUUCUCGGCUAUCAGCUACUGAAACACAGAACUCGAAGGUAUCGCAGCCGAUUUUUUUGAAAUUUUGAAAGACUCAUUAUAUUUUUCAGGCCAACGAGCAGGUGCUAUGCAUUAGCGAACAAGAUGAAAAAUUUGUUUCUCUUCAUCCUCAGGCAUGUUUUCGAGCUUAUAAACAUUGAAUUAUAACUGAAUAUUAAAAGUAAAACCCGAGUUUUCCUCAUAAAACUGUGUCAUCGUACGCGCCCACGUGAAACAGACUUGCUUUUUUUAGUUAUCACUUAUUGCUCUGAAUAGAGCUUUCAUGUUAGAGCUCAAUUUAAGUUUUUUUUUUUCUGACCGCCAAAAGAGAAGAAGGAGAGAAGCCGGACCACUUUAUCGAAAGAUAAAAAACUGCUUUCUUUCUUCUAUCAGCACCCGCCAACUUUUUCAGAGCUGGUAAUUGAUAAACUAUUGAUUCAGAUUAACCGUUCAGCGAGCCAAGAUGAGGAGAAAGAAAAGCCAAUCUUCAAAGCUCCAGGGAACAUCAGAGCCGUAAAACGGAAAAGGACCAUUCCUUCCGAGAGUUCGGUUCCUUCCAAAAAAGACCGGCUCACUCCGAUUUGUCGCUGUCGCUUGGUGCGGCAAAUGGCUAUCGAAGGAGAAAGCUCCAUCAAGGCUUGA